AGCCACCUAAGUUGGAAGAGGGUCCAAAGUCCUUCCUGUAUCCUGUGGCUAGAAUGCUGUCCACGUCCUGCAAGGUGACGGGCAAUCCACCCCCUAAAAUUAGUUGGUACCAUAAUGGGAUACCCAUUUCAAAAACUGAUAUUUAUUCAGAGAUACGGGACACCAAGAAUGGGCAGAACUUGCAUCUGUACACACUCCAGAAGAAGAGCUCUGGUUUCUAUCAGUGUAUAGCAGAGAACUCUGUUGGGCAUGUGAUGGCUGUUGCAUUUCUGGAGAUCUUCAAAGUCGCUGAUGCUCCACUGACGCCAGCUAAUGUGAAGUGCAGCCAGAUUAACAGCACAGCUUUUCUAGUCACUUUUGAUCACAUGCCUAUUGCACAGCAUCCAUAUGUUGUUUCUUACCAGAUUGUUGGGGACACCAAGCCACCGUCACAGUCAUUCUGUCAGGUCACCCAAAACUCGAGCAAGCAGCGUUGUGUUGUCACUGAUCUGCUUCCUUACACCAACUACUCUGUGAGAGUGCAGGCUUAUGCUAUCAAGGGGGCUAGUGAAAUCACUGAGAAGCUCUAUAUAAAGACUUUAGAGGAUGUACCUAAAACUGUCCCACGGCUCUCUGUGACCAGUCCACACUUUCACAGCAUGCUGGUCAGCUGGGCCCCAUUGACCCUGGAGCAGAGCAGAGGCCGGGUGGUUUCAUACAGAGUGUACUACAGAUCAGCAGACAAGAGAGAUGAAACUAGCAAAGAAGUCAGUGGAAACCAGACCUCCUAUCUGAUAACAGGUGUUGAGCCGAAGAAGUUGUAUGAAAUUCUAGUGGUUGCGGCCACAUCUGUUGGCUACACCAAGCGUGAUGACUGGCCGUGGUAUCAGUACACAACACCUCCUGCAAAUGCUUCAAGUCCACCAAGGCUGGAUAUAAAAUAUAUCAACGAAACCGCAGUCUGGUUAGAAUGGCAGGCACCUGUAGGAUCCUUGAACCCAGCGGCAGAUCAGACCAUCACAGGCUACAGCCUGGAAGUUCAGAGCUUGAGCAGGUUGGCAGAACCAGUGAGGAAGUUCCAUCUGGAUGCAUCAAUUACGUCUCACAUAAUCACAGAUUUGGACAAUGAGCAUUUCUACAAGGUGACUCUGAUGGCCCUGACCAAACAGGGACCAUCCAGUCCCAGCACCAGUGAGUUCCAGCUGAAAGAGUUGCAGUUUCAGCUGGUUCCAGACAAUGUCCGCGCUGAUUCCGUAGAACCCACCAGUGCCAGCCUCUCUUGGACAGCUGUCCCAGGAAUCAAUGUCAAGUACGAGGUCUGCUUCCGUAAGGAAUUGGAGGCAUCAGAAAGACUGUGCAGACUCAGCAAUGAGACAUCCUUGACGAUUUCUGAUCUUGAAAGCUUUACCAGAUAUGAGUUUGUUGUGAGAGCAAUAAUGGAUGGAGUUAGGAGAGCAGACAGUAAAAAUCUCAUUGUCCAAACAACAGAAGACAGACCCUCCGCCCCAGUGAACCUGACAGUGAACGUCAAACAGAACUCUGUGCUGCUCAAAUGGCUCCCCCCAGAAAAGCCCAAUGGAGUGAUCACAUAUUACAUUAUCAUGUACGGUAAAGACAGUACAGAAACUGGGGAUGUCAACUGGAAGAGCAUUACUCAGAAAGGAACUGAGACUACUGCUCAGCUUGAUGACUUGGAGUCUGGCCGCUACUUCUUUAAGUUGACAGCUGGCAACAAGGCAGGUCGUAGCCCAGAUACAGACAUUGUCACUGCAGUACCCAUGUGCAAGACACUAGUUGAAACAUCUUGCUCUUCAGUGACAGAAACCACAAAAGCAAAUGACAAUGUCAUCUCCACGCUGACAAAUGUGCAGAUAGGAAUCAUUGUCAGCUCCCUGAUUGCUCUGAUCUGUCUUGUACUGGCUGUGGUGGUGGUCCGGCACUUUUGUCACAGCAUUCACUGCCUUGAUUCCUCAUUUGCUUCAAGGAGAUCUGCAAGGGAGGAGACACAUAAACCAAGUAACUCACCAAUUUACCGUGUUAAUGGCCAUGCAUCACCAGUCCCAGGUAAUGGACAUAUCCACACAGUGGCCAACACCCCCACGGCCUACAGACAUGAAACUGUGAGCCUGCACGAGUCAACACCCAUGCUAGAACAGGUCAAUUCCAAAGGAGGCCCUUUGCUGAAUGGUUUCAUUCCAAAUGGAGUGGUCAAAGAUAACCACAAAACAGUUAGUCUGGCCCAGCAUUCUCAUUUCUCCGGCGAUUCAAAAAGUAGCAAUAACUCUGAGGAACUUCAAGGACUCAUGGCAGCAAUGUUUGCUUCAGUUGAGAGGAGCGACAUGUUUGCUAAUGCUGUAGGAGAGAGAAUACCAAUGUCUUCAUUGGACGACAUUGACAGAAGUGCUGAUUUGUUGGGUGACAACUCCAGCCAAGACAGUGGCAUGGGGGGCAGGCAUGCUGGCAUGCUUGGAAGCAAAGAUAUCAUCCACCCUAAUGAUCUUAGCCCAGCCAGCUCACCUGGUGAGGGCAGCUUAGGAAGGCAUCAUCAGGGGUGGGAAAUAGGAAGGGAAGUGGAUGAAAUUGGGGGAGUUUUCAUAGACAGGUCCACAGGAGCUGUGAUUGGUGAGGUUUUACCCCGUUACCAGGUGCAUCCGCUUCGCCACCUAAUGUGCAGUCAGAAGAGGUGGUGA